AGUGAACUUUUGGUUCACUCGGCUCGUGAGUCUCUAUGGUGAGGCAACCCGUAGGAACUUCGUCUGGCGAUUCCAUGAGAUGCUGAAAGGGCGAGGCCGGGACCCCCGAACUGCGGUGCCCCCCACACCGACGCUGUCAAUCCGGUCAGUGGGCCGGCCGCCGCUGGCUAGGCCGGAACCUGACUACGAAGUAGUGGAGUUCCCCGCUGAGCAAUAUGUCAACGCGAAGCUUCAGCCCCCGCCCCCGCCACCGCCCAGACCACAAACAGGUCACCCUACCGAGGUGGGCGCGUCGUGCGGGCUGUGUGGCGGCGGAGGGGCGCGCGUGCGGUGCGCGGAGUGCGGCCGGCGCGCGCUCUGCGCCUCCUGUGACGACAUGUACCACCGACACCCCAAGCGACGACAUCAUCAGCGUCAGGCUUUGUCGCAGUCUCAAUUAUUUGACGAGCGGCCGCCACUACCGCCAAAGACAGGCCCUCCGGUACCUCCGCCCAGAAAACAUAAGAUCUCGGGCGAAAGAUUGAGCGCAAGCCCUAGAUUGCCGACGCCAGACCAGCGUCGUGCCACACUGACAUCGAUAUCAACGAAUGACAUGGCGAUGUUGCACGACCCGGCGGCGCCCAAUCCGAACCACUUGAAGUCGCGAGCGCAGGCGCACGUGCAGAUGUCCGCGCAGCCGCAGCUCGGCACCAUGCCAUACCUGUCGGCGACCAUGCACCACACACAGACACCUGUCGCCGCGUCACACGAACAGUCUAACACACUUGGACACGUUCCCAACGCAUGGGGACGACAACGAACCUCCCUUCCGGGUUUUAUUCCACCGAACAUGGUGCAACCGAUGCCAGUCCCGACAUGGGAGGGUUCAAAUGGACCUCACCCAUCGCAAUCUUGGAAUCGACCGUUACGGCGAGGUGCCUCUGUGAUGGAGCUAGGCGUGGGUCCGCCCGCGAGCGGCGCAGGGCCCGCGUGCGCUGGCUGCCCGCACUGCCUGGCGCAGCCCUGGCGCUAC